ACCAUUACCCAUUUUUCUAAAAAGACAUUUCACUUCCAAAGCUAAGUCACUAGCAGACCCGAGGUUCGGUCAACACUGGGCCCAUCUCAAACCUAUGGUUCGGGAACAUCGAUGAAUGCGAUGCUCAUCCGAGCCUAAAGACUCGGAUUCCAAACCUCUUAAGAUAAAAUUUCCCGCUCAUUCACACUCCAACAGUCCAGCUUGCUUAGUCCAGUGGAGAAAGGGGGCGAAAUUCUGGCACCAUAAAACAAGAGUUUUUCUCUUCUUCGAAUGUGUUCAAUAGAUGCGUUGAAACUCAGAUUAACCGAAUUUUCUUCAAAAAUCUUGAAUUUUUUUCGAUCCUUAAUGGGAAGAUCUUGGCUUAUCAAUGGCAGAGGACUUGCGAGUAAAGUAAAAAAUGCGAGUGCCCCUGCUGCACAUCAAAUCAAAGAUUGUGGGGCAAAGCGGCAAUGCCCAAACUGCCACUACUCUAUUGAUAACAAGGAUGUUUCUCAUGAAUGGCCUGGUCUACCUGUUGGUGUUAAAUUUGAUCCAUCUGAUGCUGAGCUCGUGGAGCAUUUAGAAGCAAAGUGCGGGGUGGGAAAUUCAGAGCAACACAAAUUCAUUGAUGAGUUCAUCCCGACCCUUGAUGUUCACGAAGGAAUUUGCUAUACCCAUCCUGAAAAUCUUCCUGGUGCAAAAAAGGAUGGAAGUAGCAUUCACUUCUUUUAUCGCAUUACUAAUGCAUAUGCAACUGGUAAAAGGAAGCGUAGAAAGAUUCAUGAUGAAAAUAACUUGAUGAAAGAACAUGUACGCUGGCACAAGACGGGAAAGACCAAGGUUGUUAUGGAGAAUGGAUUCCAAAAGGGAUGUAAGAAGGUCAUGGUACUCUAUCAAACUAUUAAGAAGGGGUCGAAGCAGGAAAAGACUAAUUGGGUAAUGCAUCAGUACCACCUGGGCCCUGAUGAAGAUGAAAAAGAAGGUGAAUAUGUGGUUUCAAAAAUCCUUUACCAGCAGCAGAAGCAAUCUGUCAAGGCCAAUGAUUCUUCUGACAAUGAGGAAGCCAGUGUGGGAGCCAAUCAAACUGGGCCUACAACUCCAAAGACGGUUACACCUAAUCCUCCUCGAGAUGGAGAAACCCCUUCCUAUGAUGAUAUUGUGGAUGACUCUUUACCCUUCUCACCUGAUCAGGAAGUGGAAGUUGCCAAAGAACCAGGGCAGCCUUCUGAUGCUAAGAUUAAGUGUGAAAUGGAGUACACCACAUGCUUGGCUGGAGAAUCACAAGCAGCUGAUGCAAAUGAUGUUGAUAAUUCUCUGUUGUGUGAUGAACAUAAUGAUUAUUCAUUUCUUGAUAGUUUUGGACCCAAUCUUGGCCCUUCUGCUGACUACACUCAUAGCACUUGCCAUUUACCACAAGAGAAUGGUAACACAACCUGUGGAAUUUCAGAGUUGGAUAACUUGGAACCGGAUUCUCCUCCAGACUUCCAACUUGCAGAUUUGCCGUUUGGUUCGCAAGAGAAUAUCUUUAGUUGGUUGGACCGGCUAUAGAGAUGAAGGCAAUGAGAUAAUGCUUUAUGCAUUCUGGGAAGGAGAAUAUACUUCAACAAGAUUGUGCUCUUGAACAGCAACAUGAAUCUUUCUUCAAUUUCAGUUUUCGUGGUUUCAGCAUAUCCUUAUAAAAAAAUGCUCAUUUUCCCACCAGUACUACAGGCCACAGAAGAAAAGAAAAAACAGAAAUAUUGGUUGCUAUAUCUACUAUGCUGGAUGAUAUACUAGUUGAAGGAGUUGUUGCAAGAACCUACUACAAUCUACCAAGGAGAUCAAUAUUUGGGAGUCGGAACUGUUAAACCUUAGUUUAUUAAAAUUGGCUCAAAUUUUGAUUUAAUGUUCUGAUCUCUCUUGUUAAGACUCUCAUAUCCUUUCUGUUUUGUUCAGCAUGUUCUGACCCCCAAAUUUUUCGGAAAGUUUCUCGUUUGUACUAGUUUAUAUUGUACUAAAAGUGUGGACUGGAUUCUAUUGCUUUCUAAUGCAUCUUUCAUUGUCUGAUUU